AAAUAUUUUUCUCAAAUUCCCGAUAAUAUCAAACCAUAUUUGGACAAAAUUGUUGAUGUUAAGUCGGAUGGCAAUUGCGGUUUUAGAUGUGUAGCAUCUUUGCUCGGGAUGUCGAAAAAUGAGGAAGAUUGGCCUAGAAUCCGUAUGGAGUUCUUGAAAGAAUUAAAAGACAGAAAGAAACCGCUGAGAAAGACAAAAACAAAGAAGACUCAGAGGAAGAGGAAGAAUCCUGAGACACAGACUCUUCAUUCUUCAUUCUCCGACAUCACGACUACGGCAGUUCCAAUCGUGGGGCGUGAAGUUACUCCUGACUUAGAUUCUGAUAAUAAUUCCGGCAUCGCAACACAUCUGAUUGCAGACGUGGAGGAUCAAUUUACUCCUCCUACUACUACUCCUGCUGUUCCAGUUGCGGGGCAUCAAUUGACUCCUCCUGCUGUUCCAGUUGCGGGGCAUCAAUUGACUCCUCCUGCUGUUCCAGUUGCGGGGCAUCAAUUGACUCCUCCUGCUGUUCCUGUUGCGGGGCAUCAAUUGACUCCUUACUCUGAUUUUCAUGUCAAUGAUGGCGUCUCAUCUGAGUUUCUUAAAACUCUAAUUCAUCAAAAACAAAUAGAAGCGUAUGCUUGUCUGUUGACUGCUCUGUUGUACAAAAACAACCAUUUCAAUGAGGAAAGGACAAAUUUAUUAAAUGGUUUCAAGAAAGAACUUAAGAUUUCUGAAGAUGAGGAGAUAAAAGUUAUUGAUCAGAUUGAAAAUGAUAGUAACGUCAAUCUAAUUAGGGAGCUGAAAUCUUUUGACAAAUAUCCACCUAAAAGGUGCAAUGAUUCACCCUCUCCAACAAUUUCCCAACAGAUUAGGAAGGAAUUUUCGGUUCAAGGGUCAGAGCCUGAGAACCAUGGUCUUGAUAUAACUAACUAUUAUCCUGCCAAGGCUUUAAAGAUUUAUCGAGUAAGUUUCAUAGAUUCAAACUAUUUUAUUGGAAAUGGUUGAUGGCUAAAGACAAGGAUUUUAUGGAUUGCAUUUUGUCGGCUUGAAUUUGUUUUCCGCUGUUCUGGCUUUCGAGGAACUCGCGUUGUAGUCUCGCUAGAGGUUUGCUUCUGGUUUAUUUGGUGUUCUGAGCAGGUUAUUUGCAAUCAGCCCUGUUUCGGUUUUGGGUCCUGCGCUGGUUGGCCAUUUUCAAUUUGGUUGCUUGUUGCUGGCUGCAGUUUGUGUGCAUGCGCCAUUUCGAUCUUCCUCUUUUGUUCAUGUGUUUGGUGCUUUUCGUAGGCUAGAAGGGAUAGCCUUAUUGCUGCAGGGUCUGUUUAAGCUUUUGUCCAUUUAACUUGAUUUGAUUGCUUGCAGGGGGUGUGUUUUGGGUCGGUUCUUUUUAGUUUUGGUCUUGGUUCUGCUCUUCUUGGGUCUGUUUGGCCCUUUUGGUUUGUGUAAGGGAUAGUGUCCCUAAUGCUCUGCUUAUAAAAAAAGGUAGAUUUGUAGUACAUUUGUUAAGAAAAGGAUGACUAUCCUUUUUGUGUCUGCUUGUUAAAGCAAUUUCGAGACUUCCAGUUGAAAAUAAUGGUAAAUCACAACUAUUUUAUUUGGAA